AUGACUGCUGCCUAUUCGGUAGCACAGCCUGUGCGCUGUAUGGCGUUGACAGAUGUCCCAAUGCGAGAUGUCGAUCUCAUCGUCUUUUGUGGAGAGAACCCGGAACGUCUCAAGGCCGUUCUCACUGAAGUAGACGAAGACUUCUACCUCGUGCCCUCUAGAAGCAGAACUGCGGAUUAUGAGGUGUUAUGGUGUGCGCUUCCCACAGAGGAUGAGGAUACACCGCGUGGGUGCAAAGUUGAUAUCCUCGUCCCUGGCCUCCUGGAGAUCCCAGACAUCCCCACUGAACAUAUCGAAGACAGAGACGGUUUACCAGUCAUGCCACUCCUACCACUGCUCAUGAUGAAGCUGAAAGGGUGGUUCGAUCAUCGCAAUUCUAGCCGCCCGGACAUGCGGGAUAAACAAGUUGUCGAUGUGGUGGACAUUGAUGAGCUCCUUGCUAUUAGCUGCGAUUAUAGCACUCAUAUCCGCAAUGACGAAUUAUGGUGGCUCCCUGAAGACUUCAUCACUACGACCCAAGAUCGCGUUUAUGAGUACGUAGAAGAUUUCCCAGACUCGGCGUUGUACUGGCAGAACCUUGGAUUCCAACCCUUUUGA